AUGGCCACCUUGAUCUAUGGUGCAGAUACAGUCGGUGACAAUGAAAUGCCGACUUAUCGAGGGCGCCACCAGAAAUCCGGUUUCGUUGGCAAAGGGAUACGUACUGGGCGGAACUAUAGCAAUGGCACUUCAGAAGAGAGAUGCAGUACUUUGGCCAAACUGGACAUCAAGCCCAAGGGCGCCGCAAUAGACACUAGGCCAAUUAGUCGCCAUCGUCACUGUAAUUUCGGGAUGGGCGUUCACACUAGCGGUCUCACAGGGCUGCAGUUUAAAAGCCGAGUAAUCAUGAGGCUCAGAGAGUUGCGCAAGCCUCUUGUUCCGUAUAAGAUCCGCGUGUUUUCUCCUUCGCAUCUAGAUGUAAAUGAACUGUAUCAGGAAGGCUUUUUCUCAAUUAACGGAACAUCCCAGCGAAGAAUUAACUUGGCCUGGGUAAUUUUUACACUUGGGAGCAGUGACGAUUGCCAAGAGCAAUGGGUAGAUCAGAUCAACGGUGUACUAGUAAGGGCUUCAGAAUUCCCUGGAGAGGCCCGGGAACUCAGUACUCAGGCCUCAGGUACAAGUAUUGCAUCUCCUAAAUUGCAAGCCAAGUACAAAAACUGGGAGAUCGCCUCCAAGUCAUCACGAGACUCCUUGGUUAAGCACGAAGCGGAAUUUCGUUAA